AUGGCUGGUAUGAAACUAUUGAGUAUCACUAACAUUACCGUUGUGAUCUUCAUUAUUUAUCUUGCUUAUACUGCUAACACAUUCUAUUCGAUGUUCCGCCCGCCUACAUGUAAAACUAAUAAUUGUCUGUCGCCAUAUUUUAAAUCAACGGAGAACAAAAGACUCAAAGUGUAUAGUUGUUUAUCAACAAGUGCAAGUCAACCCCGUUCAAUGUCCGAUUCCAAGUGUGUGACAAUAUUGAACUUAGAUAAUUUUACAAUUAAUCAAUCCUUUGAUGAAACUAUACGUGUACCUCUAAUCAAACAAUUCCGACAAAAUACAACGUUUUAUAUUCAUUUUUACGUUUAUCAUGGGUUUGAUCCGUUUCAAGAACGAGUGUAUAUCUACCGAAAUCGAUUAGUGUCAAAAUAUUUGGUACCACAACAAAAUUUUAUGAACCUUUUACAAGAAAAACUAGGUUCAACAUUAACGAGUACUACUGAACAAGAUCAAAAAAAAUCUACGAAUAAUUCCUCAAGUACACCAAUAACUCAUGUUUUAAAAACAAUUCGAUUCCAUGGUGUCAGCCAAGAUAUUCAAUUAGAUCGAACAGAGAUUCCUCAUGAACUUUAUCACUUGAUAACUUUGUAUACUCAAACAACCUACGGACCUUUGAUAGCUUCUGAUGAAUUAACUACUCGUCUACGAGAUUAUCAACCUGUCAACACAUCUGACGAUACUCUUGAAUUGAAACUAACUUAUAAGCCAAUAUCUAUUGGUCGAAUGCGAUUGUGGCUGAAUUUUGAACGUGCAUUGGAAUCGACACGAGCAUAUGGAUUUGCCGAUAAAGAAAUUGAUGAAAUCAAAGGUGUUUUUGCAGAUAAUAAUUUACCAGUACUAGCACUGACGUUCGUCGUGGCUGCUUUUCAUACUUUAUUUGACUUUUUGGCUUUUAAAAAUGACAUCAACUAUUGGAGACAUCGAAAAACAAUGGUCGGAUUAUCACUACGAACAGUGCUAUGGCGUUCGAUUAGUAAUUUUAUCAUUUUUCUUUAUCUGCUCGAUUCUGGUGCUAGUCUAUUAGUUUUAAUUCCAACUGGAAUUGCUUCUUUGAUUGAAAUUUGGAAAGUAACUAAAGCAUUAAAGAUUAAAGUUCGAUUCAAUGGCUAUAAACCGAUAAUCACUUUUGGCGAAGUAUCACAAGCAGAGGCAAACACAAUGAUGCACGACUCGACAGCGAUGCGCUAUCUAUCCUAUCUGUUGUAUCCAUUGUGCGUUGGUUUGGCGAUCUAUUCGCUUAUCUACAAUACUCAUAAAAGUUGGUAUUCGUGGAUAAUCAAUUCACUUGUGAAUGGAGUUUAUGCUUUCGGAUUUUUAUUUAUGAUGCCUCAACUGUUCUUAAACUAUAAACUGAAGUCCGUCGCUCACUUACCAUGGCGCGCUUUCAUGUAUAAAGCAUUCAAUACGUUUAUCGAUGAUCUAUUUGCGUUUAUCAUCACAAUGCCAACGGCCCAUCGAUUAGCGUGUUUCCGUGAUGAUUUUGUUUUUCUCAUUUAUCUUUAUCAGAAAUGGCUCUACCCUGUUGAUAGAACUCGAGUAAAUGAAUACGGUGAAGCAUUCGAAGAAGAUGAGAAAUCCAAGACUGAUUAA